GUAAAGGGAGGGGUGCUGAAUGUCUUAGCGCCCUAGGUUACAUUUGCGACAACCAUGACCUGGAUGACUGAGAAAUCUACAUACUUUUAGGUUACUUUCCCUUCCUGGACCAGUUUUCCUGAUCUAAAUAGUUCUUUCGGGAGAAGUGCUGGGCUCUUUAGUCCUCAUGGUCGAAUUGGCCAGAGACUUAAGAAGUAACAGAGCUGAGCAAGGUAGAUGGGGAGCUUAGAGGAGCAAGCACAGAGGGAUAACUUCGAGGCCAACUUUUAUGACAAACUGGCCUGUUCUAUCCGUAGAUGGAACUUGCCGUAAGGCAGAACCUGCUGAAAGAAUACUGCAAGAUGGUGCAGGCAGAAAUAGGGACUUGGUAGGGAGGAUUGGAUUGGUAGGGAGGAUUGGACCAAGGGAAUUGCAGUCCUUUGCACUGAAAGGCAGUCAAACGGGUCAGUCCUAGAAGAGAUCAACCCUGACUGCUCUUUAGAAGGCCAGAUCCUGAAGAUGAAACUCAAAUACUUUGUCCAUCUAAUGAGAAGGAAGGACUCACUGGAGAAGAGCCUAAUGCUGGCAAACAUUGAGGGCAAAAGAAGAAGGGGACGGCAGAGAACGAGGUGGCUGGAUGGAGUCACUGAAGCAUUAGACGUGGGCUUAAAUGGACUCCAGAGGAUGGUAGAAGACAGGAAGGCCUGGAGGUCCAUGGAGUUGUGAUGGGUCAGACAGGACUUCGCAACUAACAACAAAGGGAGGAUUGGAAGUUGUGGGGUCAAUUUGAGAUGCUGCUGACUCCAGAGAAUAGGAGAGCGAACGAACAAGCACAGUUGAUGCUCCACUGCCCCCAGUUGCUGAAGCAUCUGUGCAUUGUCUUGAGAGGGCAGAACAGAGCGGUGAGGAUUGAGUAUCCUGAACCCGCUUACAAAUGCCACGUUUCAUACAACACAUAGGCAAACAAUUUGCCUCUUUAGUUCAUUGCCCCUGAUCGGUCUUGCUGUCCUGAAUUCUUUUUAGUAUUGGCUCAACAGGUGCAAGCUUUUUAGCUGUGGCUGAGAUUAGAUUUUUAUGAAAAGAGGACAUCAUAAGAGUUGUUGCUUGAGGCUCCCCAAUAGGGAUCUGCAUUAGCUUUUCCAAGGAGUAGGACACAUUUUAAUUCCUCAGGAAGCCAUGAAAAUUUCAUGUGGCAAAAAAGCAUCUUCGCUUGCUUGAUUUGGGCACGCAGAGAUAGCUGUUAUUUCAACUAAGCAAGUGAACGUGGCUACUUCUUGCAACUGCCAUUUCGUUUGGUGAUCAGAUAGUCACACAGUAGCUAUCAUUAUCACUACUGGAGAAAAUGGGUUUUUUUUUAAUUUGUGGAGAACAUCUAAGAGGCUCAAGCUACCUGGGAAUUCCUUUGUUGUGACAGCUAAUGUUCAUACACAUUCCCUAUUCAGGUAAAUGCCAGUGGUAGGGUAACUGGAGUGGCAAGGGAAGUAAUAUCUCAGACAGCUGGCUUUUCCCUCCUUGUCCUCUUAUACUUCAUUAUUUAUACUUAUAUUUAUUAUUCUGUAAGUUUAUAAUAGUAUAUUGUAGGAGCAGUGACACCAUAAGAAUAUAGAAGAGAUUUUGGGUAAUGGAAACUGGCUAAUGAUAGGCUUCUUUACAUAUUACAUAUGUUAAUACCUUCACAGCAUUUAUAUCAAUGUAAGCAUGAAUAGGAUUACAUCAUAAUUGCUUGCUGCACAUGUUUAUGAAAGUGUUUUGUAACAAUUCAUAAUAUUAUAUUGGAUAAUAUGGAACUUUGGAUGGAUCCUUUCACUAUCACAUGUGCACAAGUCCAUAAUCUUAAGGAAUUGUAUUAUAAUACUUAGUCAUAAGACAUUAUUCUUGAAAAGAAAUGGUUUAUUGUUAAUGCCCUUUAAAAUUCUUUGUAAACCCCACAGUUGGCACCAUUUUCCUCUGCUUUUUAGUAAUUUUAUUAAGAAUUAUAAUUACAAUAGCAAAAAACCUGAAACAAACUAAAAAAACCUAAAAGAAUAAAAAAAGUGUAGAAAAGAAAGAAGAAAAUGAAAAAUUGAGAACCAGAAAAGGAAAAAAAAGAAUAUAGCAAAAAAAAAGAAAGAAAGAAAAAUAUAUGUGAUAAAGAAGUGACUUUCCAUAUUCAUCACAAGUAUAAAUAAUUUUCGGAACUUAUCAUGUCUUAAAAUAUAGCAAAUGAUUUCUUAUUCCCAUAUCUAAUAUCUUUAAAUCCAUAAAACACCAUCAUUUCAGUGUUGAUGCCAACAAAAGUUCAUGAAAGUUUUCAAAGAUAACAAAUGGAUUUAUACAAGGAGUACUCAGCUUUCAGCCAUUUGUUUAGUGACCGAAGUUACAAAGGCAAAGAAAAAAUGAUUUAUGACUGUUUUUCACAUGACCAAUUCCAGCUUACCCAUGGUCACAUCAUCAAAAUUUGGAUGCUUGAGAACUAGCUCAUAUUUAGUUAGUUAAAUAUGCUAACUAGCUCAAUGGUUGCUGUGUCCCAGGGUCAUAUUAUCACCACUUGCAACCUUCUGAUAAGCAAAGUCAAUGGGCAAGCCAAAUUCACUUUACAACCGUAUUAUUUUGCAAUUUCAGUUAUUCACUUAACGGUGGCAACAAAGGUCACAAAAUGAAACAAAACUCAGAGGAACAGAAUAUGGAUUCAGCUGAAUUAUUUGAUGAUGAAGAUAAUACUGACGGUAUUAAAAAUAAUAUGAAAGGAGAAACUGAUAAAGAAGAUGAAGUGCUAGACUGUUCUGUGAUUUCAAAACCUGAAAAAAAUUCACUGGAUGGUUUAAUAACUUGCCUACAAGACAUCAACAAGCGAAAACGAACCUCAUUUGGUUUGGAUGGUUCAGGAAAUCACAAAGAAAUCCUGCCAAGUGUGAAAAAAAGAGGCAUUACACAAGAGGAUCAGACCUCAAACUUGAAAUGCAGAGAUGGAUUGCCUACUCAGGAAGAUGCUGAACAGCCAAGCAAGAGCAAAAAUUCCAGUCUAACAUGGAUUUGUGAAGAAACUUUGAAUAACACAGUUAUGCCUUCAUAUAAGAAACCUCUUUAUGGGAUCUCUCACAAAAUUACAGAGAAGAAGACUUUGCCAGGAACAGAACAGUUUACCACCUUUGAGUUAUUUGAAAAGAUUAAUCCUAGCAGUCCUUCUACUCUUAGGACUUUGAAUGAGCAGCGGAAAAGAGAAACAAGCAAUAUUACUGCCGAAUCUGAUUCAAAUAUCUAUUCUUUAAUACAAAAAAUGUUUUAUACACUGAAUACAUUAAAUUCUAACAUGACUCAACUGCAUAGCAAAGUAGAUCUGCUGUCACUAGAAGUCAGUAGAAUUAAGAAACAUGUCAGCCCAAUAGAUGCUGUUGCAGAAUUCAAGCCCCCUCCUGAGUAUCAACUGACUGCCUCAGAACUCAAACAGAUUAUGGAUCAAAGUACAUCAGGUGGUGAUCUGGCUUGCCGAUUACUUGUACAACUUUUUCCAGAACUCUUUAGUGAGGAUGAAUUAAGUAAGGCCUGCACCACAUGUGGUUAUCUUAAUAAAAAGAAACUUGAAUCACUUCAUCUGCAACUCAUCCGAAAUUAUGUGGAAGUCUGUUAUCCAUCUGUGAAAAAUCCUGCUGUUUGGCAAGCAGAAUGUUUGCCUCAGGUCAAUGACUUUUUCAAUAGUUUUUGGGCUCAGAGAGAUAUGGAAAAUAGUCAACCAGAUAUACAAUCCUCCAGUUUUUAUGAGUCUGAUCAUAUUAAUGAUAAGGAUGAUGAUGAAAUUCUAUCUAUUGAUAGAAAUACUUCCGUUGCCUCAGAAUGGGUUUUUGAUGCUCAGGAUAUAAAUGAAUUUUUAGAUGAAGCAUCUUCUCCUGGAGAAUUUUGUGUAUUUUUGCUACACAGAUUGUUUCCAGAACUCUUUGAUCAUAGAAAAUUGGCUGAAAGAUACAGCUGUUAUGGAGAAUGUGGAAAACAAGAACUUGAUCCACAGCGACUUCAGGUAAUCCGCAGAUAUACAGAGAUUUACUUUCCUGCUAUGCAGGAGAGAAAGGCUUGGUUACAGCAUUGUGUUCAGCGAAUAAAUGAUGAACUUGAAAGCAUGUAUAUGGAUGACAGUGAGAAUGAACAGAUAAGAGAUGAUUGCUACGAUUCUUCAAGUUUGCCUGAUGAUGUGUCAGUUAUAAAAGUAGAAGAUAAUUUUGAAUAUGAAAGACCGGGUAGAAGAUCAAAAAAGAUUUGGCUUGUUCCCAUAGACUUUGAUAAACUUGAUAUUCCUUCCCCUGAUUUUGAUGUUCCUGUCUCAGAUUAUCUGUUAAGUAAGGAGCAGCUUAAGAAUAUAUAUGAAAGUAGCUUGUCUAUAGGUAAUUUUGCUUCUCGAUUGCUAGUUCACUUAUUUCCUGAAUUGUUUACCCCUGAAAACUUAAGGAAACAAUACAAUUGUAGUGGCUCAUUAGGCAAAAAACAACUCGAUCCUAUUAGAAUUAAAUUGAUUCGACACUACGUGCAAAUGCUGUAUCCAAGAGCUAAGAAUGAUAGAGUAUGGACACUGGAAUUUGUUGGGAAACUGGAUGAAAGAUGUCGUCGGAGAGAUACUGAACAGAGACGCACAUACCAGUUGCAGCGAAAAGUCCAUGUACCGGGACCUGAGAGGAGAGAAUUCCUGACCUAUGCAAUAAACCCAGAACGAUUUAAAGAGGAAUUUGAAGGGCCACCAUUGCCUCCCGAAAGAAGCAACAAAGACUUUUGCAAGAUACCACUUGAGGAACUUAUUGUUCCUCCACCAGACUUUUCUGUGCCUUCUCUAUAUUUGCUGUCUGAUAAAGAGGUAAGAGAGAUAGUACAACAAAGUCUUUCAGUUGGUAACUUUGCUGCCAGACUCUUAGUAAGACUUUUUCCAGAGCUUUUUACUUCAGAUAACCUCAGACUGCAAUACAACCAUUCAGGGGCUUGUAACAAGAAGCAGCUUGAUCCUGUCAGACUGAGACUCAUCCGCCAUUAUGUUGAAGCUGUUUAUCCUGUUGAAAAGAUGGAUGAAGUUUGGCAUUAUGAAUGUAUACCAAGCAUUGAUGAAAGAUGCAGACGUCCAAAUAGAAAAAAAUGUGACAUAUUGAAAAAAGCCAAGAAAGCAAAAAAGUGAUAUUUUAAGUUUCCAAAGAUGGUGACUUCAGUUAUUUUGAAGUAGCUUGAGAGGUCAAUUGGUUUAGCACUAGGACAACUGAUCAAUACAUUUUUUCUUUCAUAUGUGUUUACACAUGCAGGAAUGGGUAAGAAGUCGGAAGUUAUAAUCCAGUGAGAGUUUUUCUUAAAAGCCCUACUGAAACAAAUGCAUAUGGCGGAAAAAUAUAUUUUAUAACUCCAUUUUAGUAUGCCUUUAUGUAGCUUAGAUUUCUUGCUGUUUUAUCAGUUACCACCUGCCUAAAUUGGAUCACAAGGAACCGCAAAUUAUUAGAGUUGAUCUAAUAAUAUAUCAUCUAAAUAUAAUAUUUAUCAGUGGAAAUAAUUAGAUGUUUAAUUUUUAAUUAAUUUUAAAUAGUAAUUAAUUUCUUUAAGACAGUUCUCAAUAGGGACCUUUAUCAUUUGGAAAUUAAUCCAUUUUUAAAUAUUUCAAAUCUCCAAUUUUAAAAUGUUAUACCUCUUUAAAAAGAAUGGAAAAUCACAACAAUUUCUAUGCUUAUGGAUACUGCUUAUAUCAAGUUUGAAUAUUAGGAAAGAAAAAAUUUCAAAAUCAAGUAUUACUUUUUAAAUAAUUUUUCAUUUUGUAGUUGAUUUGGUGUAAAAAGUAACAUUAUAAUCAUGGGGUUAUUUAAUGAGUGUUUAUGUUAAGAUUGUAGUAUUGAUUUCAUUUUUUAUUCAUAUAAAUUAUUUUAUUGUUUUCUGUAUAAUCUUGAUAAAAGAACUACUGGUAUGCGUGGAGAUUGUGAAAUAUAGAAUCCUACUCUGUAUCGGUAAAAGUGGUGCUAUUACCUGUUAUACUCACUACUUCAAAAAAAUACUUGAAUUGAGGAAUGUGCAAAACACUUAAGUCCAUAUUAUUUU